AUGGGUGAUAGGAGGCCGGAAAACCCCAAUAACCGUCUUUACGGUGACCGUAGGUUAAAUGUCCCUACUAAUAGGGGCACUCCUAUUCGCCUUCCAACCACCGGAGUAAACUUUCCUAUUAAAGGAAGUCAUUUGAAAAGUGUGGAGGAAGAGAAGUUCGAUGGGGUGACUAAUAAUGAUCCAUAUGGGCAUUUAGAGAGUUUGAACAACGUCACCCCAGCUGAAGGAUACAAAAUCUUGGAUGAUAUGGCCAAGGAGUUCUCUGAUCGCGAUGAGCUUGUAAGCAAGAGAACUGGUGGUAAGACUGUGGCAAAGGUGGAGAGUGGUGAAGAAUCGAGCUUGGAUAUCGAGGCUAAGCUUGAAAGGAUAGGAACAUCAAAUAGGCAGCCCGGUACAUUACCGAGCAGUACCCAGCAGAAUCCUAAGCCUCAGCAAAAGAGCCAAGGAUCAGGAGCCAAGUAUAGCCACCCGAACGCUAGAAACGAGCAAGUCAACGCGAUCACAACAAGAGCAGGUAACACUUAUAAUUCUGCAAACCCAUUGCCAAAUGAUGUUACUCCUCUUGUGCAGGUUGAAGCCGAUGGAACCGUUGAUGAUGAGAUUGAGAUGGAACUGGAACCAACCGUGAAGACACCGGCCGUUCCAUUCAAGACUGCUGAGAAGACUCCUAUUGAGAAACCACCGGUUAAACCGUAUCAGCCAAAGAUACCUUUUCCUCAACGAUUGAGGAAAGCGAAGAUCAAGGAAAAUUUUAAAAAGAAGAAGUUAGAAGAGGCAAAGACAACUGUACUGAGUGUCGAGGUGUCAGCUAUCAUCAAGAAUGAGAUCCCUCCUAAGCUAGAAGACCCAGAGAGUUUUCUUAUCUCUUGUGCUUUUGGUGCUGUCUUGUAUAAGGCAUUAGCCGAUUUAGGGGCUAGCAUAAAUUUAAUGCCUUAUUCUGUGUACAAAAGAUUGUCUUUAGGUGAUUUGACCACUACCCGCAUGAGCAUUAGGCUAGCGGAUCGUUCAUUCCAAUAUCCCAUGGGUAUAGCGGAAAAUUUGCAAAUUAGGGUAGGUCACAUGAUAUUCCCGGUAGAUUUUGUUGUUCUUGAAAUGGAGGCGGAUAUUAAUGUCCCUCUAAUUCUUGGCCGACCGUUCCUCAUGACCGCGGAUGCUAUCAUACGUGUUAAAGCUAAGGAGAUUUCCUUAGGGGUUGGCGAUGACCGGGUUGUUUUUAAUAUUGAUAGGGCUUUUAAGCAUCCUUACUCAUGUGAUGAAUCUUGUUUCAGGAUCGAUUUAGUCGAGAAAGAAGAUGUUUUGGAAAAGGAGCUCAUGGAUUUUCUAGAUAUGGAGGAAGAUGAAGCAUUUCUAGCUUGUAGUGAAGAAGAACAAGAAAUGGUUGGUGAAAUGGUGCAGGAGAUCAUGGCGUCGAGUGUUGAUGAAACGCCACCGGAAGAUGAAACUUUUGAAGAGAUCACCGUUAAUGAUAGAAGACGAGGGCUAACUUCGGUGGAGAAUCCUCCUACCGAUUUGGAACUCAAGCCACUUCCGGACCAUCUAGAGUAUGCUUAUCUUGAAGGUACAUCUUUCUUGCCCGUUGUCAUUUCCUCCUCACUUUUGGAGGAUGAAAAGUCUAGACUUAUGACCGUCCUAAAGUCCCAUAAAAAGGCCUUUGCAUGGAAAAUUUCUGAUAUUCCAGGGAUAAGUCCAGAAUUUUAUGGAAUGAUCAGGAGAUGUGUUUCCGGUGCUGAAACCCGUGUGAUUUUGGAUGCAUGCCACCAUGGUCCUACCGGUGGUCAUUACGGACCAUCUAUGACUGGUAAGAAGGUAUAUGAUGCAGGGUUCUAUUGGCCCACCAUUUUUAGGGAAGCAAAAACGUUGGUGGAAGUGUGCGAUGCAUGUCAACGUCAAGGUAAUAUCACUAAGAGAGACGAAAUGCCUCAACAAACAGCCGUUGAUUAUGUGUCCAAGUGGGCCGAGGCUAAAGCCCUUCUGACUAAUGAUGCUAGAGUUCUUGCUAAGGUGUUAAAGAGGUAUGGGGUCACCCAUAGGUUCUCCACCUCUUAUCACCCUCAAACAAGCGGCCAAGUGGAAAACACAAAUAGGGCUUUGAAAAGGAUCCUUGAAAAGACCGUGCAAGAUAACCCAAAAAUUUGGGCCAAGAGGCUUGAUGAUGCCUUGUGGGCGUUUCGAACCGCCUAUAAGACUCCAAUUGGUACUACUCCUUAUAAGCUUCUUUAUGGAAAAACUUGUCAUCUCCCGAUUGAGAUUGAACACAAAGCCUAUUGGGCCUUGCAAAAUUGUAAUAUGGAUCUAAUCUUGGCUGGUGAGAAAAGGUUUUUGCAGUUGCACGAGUUGGAUGAAAUGAGGUUGCAAGCUUAUGACAACUCCAUGCUAUUCAAGGAGCGUACAAAAGCUUAG